AUGGUCAGUCUAAUUGAACGCCACGUUCGCCUGGAUUCCAACAAAGCCAACCAAAAUCCUCGUAGUCCCUCGAAGCCCGAAGAUGACUUCUACGGAUCGUUCAGCAACCUGACACUCAAGAUCGAUGACAAGAAGACAGUUAUCAAGAAAGAGCCAGGCGAUGAGAACGAACACCCAUCUUUCACAACCGACGCCGAGAAGCCCAGCACCAAAGGCCGCUUCCGCCCCUGCAAGGGCCCUUCUUCCGCCCAGGACCCGAUCUCCGAUACCGAAAAGGAGCAGCGACUCGAGGACCUCUCCCAGGAAGAACUCCGGCGCGUCUGUUCCCGCAGCCCCCUCUGGGGCAAGGUGCAAGGAAGGCUUAAUAAGAGGGAUGACGUCAAAGGCUAUCAGACGCACGGUGAUAGCUGGAGAAGGACGUGGGAGAGGCAUUGCGUCGAACGUCCGUUCAGAAAGUUCGCCCAGAACAAUGGCAUCCACUUCGUGGAUGUGGAGGGUUAUCAAGCUUGCAAACUUUGGUGGGAGCGAGAUUGGGAUAGCAGGCAUCCUGCUAGAGAGUCUGGUUGA